AUGCUUGCGGUUUCAAGUUACAACUCUUCGUUCUCCGUGUUAUUCUUCUGCUUAGUCUUCCUUUCCCGCCCAUGCUUUCCCGCCAGAAUCCUACCCGACCCCGCAGUAACCGUCUUAACUGCCACCGCCAACGUGUCCCCCAACGCCGCGUGGCACGACUUCACGAAGUUCCUUGACGCCGGGAAGGGGAGCCAGCUGGUCGGCAUGUCGGAGCUCAAGAAGUACUUCCACCGUUUCGGCUAUUUACCGGUGCCUGACACGACCAACUUCACCGACCUCUUCGACAAGCAGUUUGAAUCGGCUCUGACUCUAUAUCAAUCCAAGCUGAGCUUGCCUGUCACGGGUAAGCUCGACUCGGACACCAUCUCGGCCAUCACCUCGCCGAGAUGCGGCGUGAGCGACGCGGGGCUGCGCAUGCCUGCUGCAAAGCUGCACACGACGCGUCGCUUCGCCUACUUCUACGGGAAGCCUCGUUGGGCUCCCGCGAAGUCGCUCACGUACGCCUUCAGCCCCAACCACGUAAUCAGCUACGUGAGCUCGUCGGACAUAGAGGCAAUAUUCCACCGCGCCUUCUCUCGGUGGUCUGCGGUGAUUCCGGUCAACUUUACAAAAGCCAAAGACUAUUCCUCCGCGGACAUCAAAAUCGGGUUUUACAAAGGCGAUCACGGCGACGGCGAGCCGUUCGAUGGUGUGUUGGGUGUUCUAGCUCACGCUUUCUCUCCCGAGAACGGGAGGUUCCACCUCGACGCGGCGGAAACUUGGGCCGUCGAUUUCGAAUCGGACAAGUCGAAGGUGGCCGUGGAUUUGGAGUCCGUGGCAACGCAUGAGAUUGGGCAUGUACUUGGGUUGGCUCACUCCUCGGUCAAGGAAGCUGUCAUGUACCCGAGUCUGAGUCCUAGGACUAAGAAAGUGGACCUCAAGAUGGAUGACGUGGAAGGCGUUCAGGCACUGUACGGGUCAAACCCUAAUUUCAAAUAUAGCUCAUUGCAGUCGGAAAAUUCUUACAACCACGCAGUUACUAAUUUGGACACCACAUUUGCUUCUAAGUGGACAAUUUCUCUAUCACUCAUCACUUUGAUUUUUCUCUUCUUCUGA